CCUGGCCCAGCCCAGGACAUUGCUUACGGACAGGGAACGGUGAUAGGCCAGCUGGGCCCCAGAGGAAAGGCAGCAGCAUAGCCAGGAGCCUGGAGGGUACCCAGAGCAAUGGCGACCCAAAGACAAGGCCGGUACAGCCUGUGGAAGACCUCCCUGGACAGCAUGUCCCAAUUAAUGGAUUCUGACAUGGAUUAUGAAAGGCCAAACGUAGAGACCAUCAAGUGCGUUGUGGUGGGAGACAACGCGGUGGGCAAGACCAGGCUCAUCUGUGCCCGGGCCUGCAAUGCCACCCUCACCCAGUACCAGCUGCUCGCCACCCAUGUGCCCACGGUUUGGGCCAUCGACCAGUAUCGGGUGUGCCAGGAGGUGCUGGAACGCUCCAGAGAUGUGGUAGAUGAUGUCAGCGUCUCCCUCCGCCUCUGGGACACCUUUGGAGACCACCACAAAGACCGUCGCUUUGCUUAUGGGAGAUCCGAUGUGGUGGUUCUGUGCUUCUCCAUUGCCAACCCUAAUUCCCUGCACCAUGUCAAGACCAUGUGGUACCCAGAAAUCAAGCACUUCUGCCCCCGAGCACCUGUCAUCUUGGUGGGCUGCCAGCUGGACCUGCGCUAUGCUGACCUGGAGGCUGUCAAUAGGGCCAGGCGACCCUUGGCUAGGCCCAUCAAGCCCAAUGAGAUCCUUCCCCCAGAGAAGGGUCGGGAGGUGGCGAAGGAGCUGGGCAUCCCCUACUACGAGACCAGUGUGGUGGCCCAGUUUGGCAUCAAGGACGUCUUUGACAAUGCCAUCCGCGCUGCGCUCAUCUCCCGGCGGCACCUGCAGUUCUGGAAAUCCCAUCUCCGCAAUGUGCAGCGGCCUCUGCUGCAGGCGCCCUUCUUGCCUCCCAAGCCGCCCCCCCCCAUCAUUGUGGUGCCCGAUCCCCCGUCCAGCAGCGAGGAGUGCCCCGCCCACCUCCUGGAGGACCCGCUGUGUGCGGAUGUCAUACUGGUGCUGCAGGAGCGGGUGCGCAUCUUUGCCCACAAGAUCUACCUCUCCACCUCGUCCUCCAAGUUCUACGACCUGUUCCUCAUGGACCUAAGUGAGGGAGAGCUGGGGGGCCCCUCGGGGCCAGGGGGCCCUCGCCCAGAGGACCACCGGGGUCACCCUGAUCACCACCACCACCAUCACCACCACCACCACCACGGCCGGGACUUCCUGCUGCGCGCGGCCAGCUUUGACGUUUGCGAGAGCGUGGAGGAGGGUGGGGGCUCUGGUCCUGCUGGGCUCCGUGCCUCCACCAGCGAUGGGAUCUUACGGGGCAAUGGAACAGGGUAUCUGCCUGGGAGGGGUCGAGUACUGUCUUCCUGGAGCCGAGCUUUUGUGAGCAUCCAGGAAGAAAUGGCAGAGGAUCCUCUCACCUACAAAUCCCGGCUGAUGGUGGUGGUAAAAAUGGACAACUCCAUCCAGCCGGGGCCCUUCCGGGCUGUUCUCAAGUACCUGUACACCGGAGAGCUGGACGAGAACGAGCGGGACCUCAUGCACAUCGCCCACAUUGCUGAACUGCUAGAGGUCUUUGAUCUGCGCAUGAUGGUGGCCAACAUUCUCAACAACGAGGCCUUCAUGAACCAAGAGAUCACUAAGGCCUUCCAUGUCCGCCGGACCAACCGGGUUAAAGAGUGCUUGGCAAAAGGCACUUUCUCAGAUGUGACCUUCAUCCUGGACGACGGCACCAUCAGUGCCCAUAAGCCCCUGUUGAUUUCUAGCUGUGACUGGAUGGCCGCCAUGUUUGGGGGACCAUUUGUAGAGAGUUCUACCCGAGAGGUGGUGUUUCCUUACACGAGCAAGAGCUGCAUGAGGGCAGUGCUAGAGUACCUCUACACGGGCAUGUUCACCUCCAGUCCCGACCUGGACGACAUGAAGCUUAUCAUCCUGGCCAACCGCCUCUGCCUGCCACACCUGGUUGCCCUCACAGAGCAGUACACAGUGACCGGGCUAAUGGAAGCAACUCAGAUGAUGGUGGACAUUGAUGGGGACGUCCUCGUGUUCCUAGAACUGGCUCAGUUCCACUGCGCGUACCAGUUGGCCGACUGGUGUCUUCACCACAUUUGCACCAACUACAACAAUGUGUGCCGCAAGUUCCCUCGAGACAUGAAGGCCAUGUCCCCAGAAAACCAGGAGUAUUUUGAGAAGCACCGGUGGCCGCCUGUCUGGUACCUGAAGGAAGAAGAUCACUACCAGCGGGCACGGAAGGAGCGCGAGAAGGAGGACUACCUGCACCUGAAGCGGCAGCCCAAGCGGCGGUGGCUGUUCUGGAACAGCCCCUCCUCGCCGUCCUCUUCUGCGGCCUCGUCAUCAUCCCCAUCUUCCUCCUCGGCUGUGGUCUGAGAUGCCACCGCCCUCUUCUGACCCUGCUGCUGAUCUGUCCACUCGCCUUUGCCCCUCUGCUCUUCUGCAUCGCCCCCUCCACCCUCCAGGGACAAGGGAACCCCCGGAACCAGGACCCUGAGGGCAGAGCUGUUCUCACCAGCCCACGUAGCUCAACAAGUGGGGGGGGCUUGUGGAUCAGAACGGGGACCUCCCCUGCAGGGGAUCCCAGUUCCAAAGCAGGGCAGGAGGCAGAUGACUGCUGGGAGGUGGGCGGCGAGGGAGGGUUGAGAGCUCUGGCAUCUGACUCUGGGGUGGAGAGCGCUGGCGUCCAAGGGAAACCCUCCCAACCGUGAGGCUGCGCAGAGGCAGCCCCCUCCCAGGAGCCGCUGUGCACAGGGAGGGUCCUGUGUCUCUUGGCCAUGUUUUUCCAUCAAUGGACCUGAGGGCUGCAAAUGUUUUGUGGGCAUUUCCACACAGCGCCUACUUAGAUCCCCACUGGAGAAGUCAGGGUAAUUAAGCCUUCAGACCCAACUUGAGGCUUCCGCAUCCUGGGGUGCAGCUGCCAAGGCCAAGGGGGGGAAGGCUUGCACUUGGCAGGCAUCCCUCCCUCCCAAGGCGGUAGGUGUCCAGGCCUAAUGAAGGGUGGCGGAGCCUGUUCAGAGCUUCGGGCCUAGGAGCAGUGGCUCUUGGUACAGUGACAGACUCCUCCCUCCCCGUCCUUCACCUCUCAGAUCCAGAGACGGGAACCAAAGGAGACCGCUGGAACAGGGGAGAGGAGAAAGUGAGUGGUGGGGUCUGGGCGCAGCAACCCCAUGCUCUUCUGGGCUCCUCCCCCUGCCUCUGGUCAGCACGGCUUCUUAGCACUGUGGGGCAAAAUUAGCAAAAAAAUCAAAAACAAAAAAAGAUCCCAAACAACAGCAAAAUCACCACCAACAAAGACACUAGCCCCUAUCCCCUCAAAGGAAAAAAAAAAAAAACACAGAAAAGACCCUGUAUAGCUUACAAACAGGGGCCUUCCUGUUGAUAAGACAAAAGCUUAGGUUUGUAGGACUGAUUCCAGUGCCUGUCAGGAAAGGACCUGUCACCUGCUGGCUCUGAGGACAGCAUGCUGGGAUUGAGGCUUCGGGGGCAGGGGCAGGGUGGUCUCAGGGCUUGGACAUGGCAUUGGACUCCUGCUUUGCCCACUGCGAUGCAUUAUCCUCCUUGACUUCAGAGAGUGACUUCACAGGAUGUGAAUGUGUUGGGGGUCAAAGAUCAGGGAAAGGGUACCUGGAGAAUAGGAGUCUCUGUAAAUGACAGGUCAGAAGACAUGACCUCCAUUAGUGCUGGUUUGGGCAGGAAAAGGGGAGAAGUGAGCAGGAGCAAAGCAAAGUCAGUCCCAUGUAGAGUGGGACCAGGCUGGAGGAUUGUGGCGGCUAACGCAGCAGUUGGCAGCCCCACAGGGAAAAGCUGGGCCACAUUUAACCCUUCCCCCAUUUUGUGAUCCUGACCCAUAUUUCAUCCCCCACACCGUAUGUAGACGUAAAGGUCCCACUGAUGACCUAUGGAACCCUGGAGUGGGCUCCACCAGCAGGACCCUGGCUUUAGAUCCGGGGUCAAGCAAACCAGAAACCGAGGGAAAGUCUGCAACAGUUUUGUGGUACUGGGACCUAGGGAUCUGAUGGUAAGUCCUCGGUAAGAGCAGGAGCAGGAGGUGGCAGGUCUAGGGUGGCUGCACCCCCUGCUGUCUGAGCUGCACAUUUCUCCGAGCCUGCAGCUGCCUCUUCUCCAGGGUGGCUGGCUGGCCAUGCUCCUGCCUGCUGAGUCCUCGUCCUUGGCUUCGUGGCCAGGCUGAGGAGGCAACAGGCUGGGGCAGGAGGCAGCUCACAAGAGGGGGUGCAGCCCUACACCCAGCACCUUUGCUCUGGGUUGUUCUGGAAACUCUUGGUGAGGAGGAGAGAAUGCUAAAGUCUAGUGGGAGAGGGAGUGGGUGUCUGAGCUUGUGGGGCUAAGUGGUGUGGCCCGCUGAGGAUGCAGACAGAUCAUGGAGAAAGAAAGGGUGGCCCAUGGGAGAGGGAGCCACAGGACCACCCCAACCACCAGGGUGGGCUCACCCCUCAAGGUCCCACUGCUCCUUCCAAGCUGUACUAAGGGGGCCCGGUGGGCCUAGGUGUGAGCCAGAGACCACCUGAGGGAGCCAGUCCAGGGCUAGUGUUCCACAUAGGAGAGGGAGGGAAGAGGGAAUGAAUUCCAGGCCCCCAAGAACGUGGCAUUUGGAAAUCCAGGUAGACAGGAAGGACAAGCCCCAAGAACACACACCCCUGUACUCGUGUCACUCAAAGCUGCUUCCGAGGAGAGUGGGAGGGUGGGGGAGAAAAAACACACACACCUCUUUUUAUAUAAGGUUUCAUAUUUAAUUUGGUCAUGAAUUCAUAAAUACAUGAGUAUUUUGUACCUAAUGGCCUUCCUUGUAUUGUUUGAUAUGUCCAACAACCUCCUCAAAGGUGGCCCCUCCCACUGGAGAGAAGCAUGAAAGGACACCGAUCGCCAAUGAAACACUUAAGUGCCUGUUGAGGGCCACGUGCCAUUUGGACUGGAUCCGCCCCAUGCCCUGAUGCAGCUUACCUUAAAUGAGUAAGCGUGACAAACACUGAUAAGGCUAAUACCGUGGCUGGGCACUCAAGGACUCUGACAAAGGGACUGCAGGUGAGCUGAACGCUGACUGGCAAAAAUUCACGGCCCCUUCUACAGAUGCAAGCGCUCCACAUAGAAGGGACAGCAGAGGCAGGAAACCCCAAGUCUCCCAGGAAAGGGAAGGGGCAGGCGGGCACCUCUGGAAGGAAGCAGGAGGGAGGGGAGCAGCAAGGCCGUGAGGGUUGUGCCCCCACUUGAGCACCAGUACCCUGACUGCCUGAGUGUUCAGGCAACUCCAUUUGGGCCCAGCCAAUGGAUCCAGUCUGGGCACUCCCAGACCUUUGAGAUGAGAAAGCUGGAGAACCCUGAGAAUAACUUCUAUAACAUCAUCCCGCCAUGACUGGAAUACAGGUAGGGUGGAAAGGGGGCUGAAGAUGAAGAUGGGGCUGAGGGUCCACUCAUGUGAUCUGCAAUGACACGUGACAUAGAACCUAUUUGCCACCUCAGAGCUAACCCGUCUCCCAACCUGCCCACAUCUAUAGGCAAGGAGGAGGCCCUCACAUUCCUGCCCAGGGCACCCAGACACAGGGCUGCACGAGGACACCGUUUCUCCUCACUCUCCUUACUUGGAAACAUCAGCUUAUGAGUAAUAUACAUAUUCAUACGCCCACGUAAUUAUCAUGUUGAAAAGAGUGGGCACUUCAGGAGUUUCUGGUCAUCUGAUUCUGGAAAAGGGCAUAUGAAGGAGAAUUGGAACCCGCCAUCCCCAUCCCCAGAGGUGGGCUGUUUCACCUUCUCCCUUUGUAUGCGAACUCAUUUUACGAUUGGCUGCUCCCAUUAAGGUAAUCCAUGUAAUCAAACUAAUAAGUACAUUUCAAAAAGUUCUACGCACUCAUAUAAACAUAUACAAAAAUAGGAAGAUGCACAUCCUCUAGUAAUAGUUAGAUAUAAGUAAAUGCACACAUGCCAACAUGAUUGCAUCUUACGAUAUAACAAAUACAAGUAGCAAGUGCAAUUCUAUUAGGAAUGAAGAAGGCACAUGAAUCAAAAAGAAAGACACACUAAAACAACUUGCAGGCCACACAUGAGCAUAUUCAGGCACACCUCGGAGACACUGCAAGUUUGCUUCCAGAGAAACCCAAUAAAGCAAGUAUCACAAUAAAGUGGGUCAAAUGAAUUCUUUGGUUUCCAAGUGCAUUCAAAAGUUGUGUCUGCACUAUACUGUAGUCUAUUAAAUGUGCAAUAGCCUUAUGUUUUAAAAAGCCAUGUAUUAAAUUAAAAAACACUUUAUUGCUAAAAAAAAUGCUAACGAUCA